UAUUGGCCCCGCCCUCCAAAUCAUGUGAUUCAGGUGUUCCAAUCCCCUCCCAAUCAUGUGAUUCAGGUGUUCCAAUCCCCUCCAUAUCAUGUGAUUCAGGUGUUCCAAUCCCCUCCAUAUCAUGGGAUUCAGGUGUUCCAAUCCCCUCCAUAUCAUGUGAUUCAGGUAUUCCAAUCCCCUCCAUAUCAUGUGAUUCAGGUGUUCCAAUCCCCUCCCAAUCAUGUGAUUUCAGGUGUUCCAAUCCCCUCCAUAUCACGUGAUUCAGGUGUUCCAAUCCCCUCCAUAUCAUGUGAUUCAGGUGUUCCAAUCCCCUCCAAUCAUGUGAUUCAGGUGUUCCAAUCCCCUCCAUAUCAUGUGAUUCAGGUGUCCCAAUCCCCUCCCAAUCAUGUGAUUCAGGUAUUCCAAUCCCCUCCAUAUCAUGUGAUUCAGGUGUUCCAAUCCCCUCCCAAUCAUGUGAUUUCAGGUGUUCCAAUCCCCUCCAUAUCACGUGAUUCAGGUGUCCCAAUCCCCUCCCAAUCAUGGGAUUCAGGUGUUCCAAUCCCUUCCAAAUCAUGGGAUUCAGAUGUUCCAAUCCCCUACCAUAUCGUGUGAUUCAGGUGUUCCAAUCCCCUCCCAAAUCAUGUGAUUCAGGUGUUCCACUCCCCUACCAUAUCGUGUGAUUCAGGUGUUCCAAUCCCCUCCCAAAUCAU